AUGGCGGCGAGCGAGCGAUCACUGCCCUGCCUCUUCCUCCACGGCGCCAGCGCCGGGGCCCACCUCAUCCUCGCGCUCGCCGUUGCUGGGAGCCGGCUCUUCCCCCGCCGCGGGAAGGACACGGCCGUCGCCGUGGGCGGGUUCCGGUGCUACGCGGUGGUGGUCUGCGCCACGUGGGCUCUGGCUUUAUUCCAGCUCCUCCUUGCCGCGUACUCCUGCUACCUGGACGCCGGCGCCGGGUGGCCGCUCGACGCGGUGGUGGACCAGGCGGAUGCCGCCACACGCGCGGUGGCGUGGCUGCUGCUCGCGGCGUACCUGCAGUUCGAGUUCCGCCGCGAGGAGCGGUUCCCCGCGCCGCUCAGGCUCUGGUGGGCGCUCUUCCUGCUGCUCUCGGUCGUCGCCGUCGCUGUGCACGUCGCGACGAGCCUCGACGGGCUCCCCGUGCCAGCGCGUUCGUGGGCGCUCGACGCCGUCUCGGUCCUCGCGGCCGUGGUGCUGCUCGUCGCUGGCCUUUCUGGCAAGAGCGAAGCAGGCGGGUCUCCUUCAGAGGAGCCCCUGCUAGAUGGCGCGAGCGAGAGCAGCAGCGCCUAUGCCUCCGCGUACGCCGGCGCCGGCCUCCUCGGCGUCCUCACCUUCUCCUGGAUGGGGCCGCUUCUCGCCGUGGGCCACAAGAAGGCCCUCGGCCUCGACGACGUCCCGGGCCUCGACCCCGGCGAUAGCGUGGCCGGCCUGCUCCCCUCGUUCAAGGCCAACCUCGAGACGCUGGCCGGCGACGGCACCACGAGCCAAAGGGUGACGGCGUUCAAGCUCGCCAAGGUGCUGGUGCGCACCUUCCGCUGGCACGUCGCGGUGACCGCGCUCUACGCGCUGGUCUACAACGUGGCCACCUACGUCGGCCCGUACCUCAUCGACUCCCUCGUGCGGUACCUCAACGGCGGCGACGAGAGGCACGCGAGGAAGGGGCAGCUCCUUGUCCUCGCCUUCAUCGCAGCCAAGGUGUUCGAGUGUUUGUCGCAGCAGCACUCGUGCUUCCGGCUGCAGCAGGUCGGGAUACGAGCGCGCUCCGCACUCGUCGCCGUCGUGUACGAGAAAGGGCUGGCCCUCUCCGGCCGUUCCAGGCAGACCCACUCGAGCGGCGAGAUGGUCAACAUCGUCGGCGUCGACGCCGACCGCGUCGGGAACUCCUCCUGGUACAUCCACGACCUGUGGCUGGUACCGCUCCAAGUAAGCAUGGCGAUGUUCGUCCUCUACUCCACUCUCGGGCUUGCCUCGCUCGCCGCGCUCGGCGCCACCGCGGCCGUCAUGCUUGUCAACGUUCCUUCGGUGAAAGUCCAGGAGAAACUCCAGCAGAAUCUGAUGAGGAGCAAGGACGUUCGGAUGAAGGCGACGUCCGAGAUCCUACGCAACAUGAGGAUUCUCAAGCUGCAGGGGUGGGAGAUGAAGUUCUUGUCCAAGAUCAUCGCCCUCAGGAAGACAGAAACAAACUGGCUCAAGAAGUACCUGUACACCUCGACCAUGAUCACCUUCAUCUUCUGGAGUGCCCCUACAUUCAUCGCCGUGGUCACCUUCGGAGCAUGCGUCCUCAUGGGGAUACCAUUGGAGUCGGGCAAGGUGCUGUCUGCAUUGGCCACACUCCGGGUGCUGCAGGAAUCGAUAUACAACCUUCCGGACAGGAUCUCGGCCAUCAUCCAGACCAAGGUGUCUCUUGACAGGAUAGCAUCCUUCCUAUGCCUCGAGGAGUUCCCGACGGACGCUGUGCAGAAGCUGCCGAUCGGCAGCUCAGAUGUUGCAAUCGAGGUCAGCAACGGGUGCUUCUCCUGGGAUGCCUCGCCUGAAAUGCCAACGCUCAAGGACCUCAACUUUCAAGCUCGGCAGGGCACGCGUGUAGCAGUCUGCGGCACGGUCGGCUCCGGAAAAUCGAGCCUGCUCUCUUGCAUUCUUGGCGAGGUUCCGAAGCUAUCAGGAGUGGUCAGGACUUGCGGUACAAUAGCCUAUGUGAGCCAGUCAGCGUGGAUACAGAGCGGCAAGGUUCAGGAGAACAUAUUGUUUGGCAAGCAGAUGGACAGUGAGAAGUAUGACAGCGUGCUAGAGCUGUGUUCGCUGAAGAAAGACCUGGAGAGCUUCCCGUCGGGCGACCAGACGUUCAUUGGAGAGCGAGGCAUCAACCUCAGCGGUGGGCAGAAGCAGAGAGUUCAGAUAGCACGGGCUCUGUAUCAGGACGCCGACAUUUAUUUGUUCGACGACCCCUUCAGUGCUGUCGAUGCUCAUACAGGAUCCCACAUAUUCAAGGAAUGCUUGCUUGGGGCAUUGGCUCAAAAAACAGUGGUGUACGUCACUCAUCAGCUUGAAUUUUUACCUGCAGCUGAUCUUAUUCUGGUAAUUAAAGACGGCAUAAUAGCACAAUCUGGCAGAUACAACGAAAUACUUGGCUCAGGGGAAGAGUUUAUGGAACUGGUCGGUGCUCACCAGGAUGCUCUUGCAACAAUCGACACAAUCGAUGUUCCAAUUGGAGCCAGUGAGGCUUUCUCAUCUGGUGGCGCAGCAAGUCUGUCCGGGUCACUGACAUCAGCUGAGAAAAAGGAUAAGCAAAAUGUCAAACAAGAUGAUGGCCAUGAUCAGAGUGGGCAGCUGGUGCAGGAAGAAGAAAGGGAGAGAGGUAGGGUGGGGUUUUGGGUCUACUGGAAGUACCUCACCUUAGCUUAUGGGGGAGCUCUUGUGCCAUUCGUGCUGCUCGCGCAGAUACUUUUUGAAGUGCUUCACAUUGCUAGCAAUUACUGGAUGGCCUGGGCUGCUCCUGCGUCGAAGGACGUCGAGCCUCCAGUGAGCAUGUACACACUGAUAUACGUCUAUGUGGCAUUGGCCCUAGGAAGCUCGGUGUGCACCUUCGUGAGAGCCCUGUUUCUUGUGCCAGCCGCAUACAAGACAGCAACUCUGUUGUUUAACAAGAUGCAUGUAUCCAUAUUCAGAGCUCCGAUGUCUUUCUUUGAUUCCACUCCAAGUGGGCGCAUCUUGAAUAGGGCUUCGACUGAUCAAAGCCUGGUGGACACCAGCAUUGCUAACAGGAUGGGUUCUAUUGCGUUUGCCUUCAUACAACUUGGUGGAACUAUUGUUGUGAUGUCUCAGGUUGCAUGGCAGGUCUUUGUUGUUUUCAUUCCUGUAAUUGCUAUCUGCCUCUGGUAUCAGCGCUACUACAUUGAUACAGCCAGAGAGUUGCAAAGGAUGGUCGGGAUUUGCAAAGCUCCUAUCAUACAACAUUUUGUAGAAUCAAUAACAGGAUCAGCAAUCAUUAGAAGUUUUGGCAAGGAAAAUCAGUUUUUAGCAACUAAUAACCAGCUAAUGGAUGCCUACUCACGACAAAAAUUCUACAAUGCUGGAGCAAUGGAAUGGCUUUGCUUCCGCAUGGAUAUGCUAUCAUCCCUUACAUUUGCCAUCUCUUUAAUAUUUUUAAUCAAUCUGCCGACCGGUAUCAUUGAUCCAGGAAUUGCUGGCCUUGUAGUCACAUAUGGGCUUAAUCUGAACAUAAUGCAAGUAACGCUUGUAACAAGCAUGUGCAAUUUGGAGAACAAGAUCAUCUCAGUAGAGAGAAUUUUGCAAUACCUAAGCCUUCCUGAAGAGGCCCCUCUUUUGAUGUCUGAAGAUGGGUUGGCCCAUAACUGGCCGUCAGAGGGAGAAAUUCAGCUCCAUAACCUCCAUGUGAAAUAUGCUCCACAACUACCGUUUGUUCUGAAGGGCCUUACAGUCACUUUUCCUGGAGGCAUGAAGACAGGUAUUGUUGGUAGAACAGGCAGUGGUAAAUCAACUCUCAUACAGGCCCUUUUCCGUAUCAUGGAUCCCACUGUCGGCCAGAUAACAGUAGACGGCGUCAACAUUUGCACCAUCGGGUUGCAUGAUCUGAGAUCUAGAUUGAGCAUCAUUCCGCAAGACCCAACGAUGUUCGACGGAACCGUGAGACACAACCUUGACCCUCUAGGAGAGUACACUGACAAUCAAAUCUGGGAGGCCUUGGAUCACUGUCAGCUAGGAGAUGAAGUUCGGAGAAAGGAGCUCAAACUUGACUCGCCAGUGGUGGAGAACGGAGAGAACUGGAGUGUCGGCCAGCGUCAGCUCGUCUGUCUCGGCAGGGUGAUCUUGAGACGGACCAAGAUACUGGUCCUGGACGAAGCCACCGCUUCGGUGGACACCGCAACAGAUAACCUGAUCCAGAAGACACUGCAGCAGCAUUUCUCAGGGGCGACCGUCAUCACAAUCGCGCAUCGAAUCACCUCGGUCCUUCACAGUGAUAUAGUCUUGCUUCUUGACAAUGCAUGGCUGUGGAGCACCAAACGCCAGCCAGGUUGCUGGAAGACAAAUCCUCUCUGUUCUCAAAGCUUGUAG